ACGAUGCAGAGUAGGAGGGGUCAAGCAGAGCUAUGUGAUGGCGCUGACUUUAUAGAGGAAUAUCCACAGGCACUUCCAAAAGAGACUGAAAAGCCUCAGUGUCGCAGUCCGUUGGCGGAUGUUAAACUGAACCAACUGAUAGCACGGUCUGUUUCUAACUGUCUUUACUGCUAGAGGAUUUAUCUAUUCGUCAUUGAUUGACUAAAUGCGGUUAUUUCUUCUUCAAGGAAAAAUCCAGAGCACUACACGGAUAACCUUACCUUCGCAUUAUAAUGGGAGCGCCGUGUUUCCGAAGUUGGACUAUAGUGAAGUAGCACCAAUUUACUUAUGUAGGUGCUGUCUGAGCGACCUUUCGUCCAUUUUGUCUUUACGCCAAACAGUUUUCAUUACUUCCGUGGGUUUAAAGCUGAUACUCGUGUAAGGAAGAAGAAGAAGAAGAAGAAGGGGAACAAAAAUAAUAAUAGCUACAAAAACGGAUUCAGUGAAGAUUGGAACCUUGUCGGAUGAAGUUUCACCAAUGAGCUACGUUGAGGCAAGCGUUUGUGGGGCUGAAGCCAUGCUGAUCUUCAUUGCCGGGUGGUGGAGUGUGGUCUUGUACCAGAGCCUGUGCUGCUGAAGCCUUGUGCCACUCCCCCAUGGCUCUAUGGGAGCUGCUGUUUCUGACUUUCAGCCUCCGCUGCUGGCUGACAAGCUCUGCCAGUUUAGCUGAAGAAGGCCCUGCAGGCCCCCUGGACUGGCUUCUUUCUGACAAGGGCCCAUUUCACCACACACAAGAGUACACUGAAUUUGUGGAGAGGAACCGUCAGGGAUUUUCCACGAGAUACAAGAUAUACAGGGAAUUUGGCCGGUGGAAAGUGAAUAACUUGGCUGUAGAGCGACGGGAUUUCCUGAACUCCCCUUUGCCUCUCACCCCGGAAAUUAUAAGGAACAUUCGACUCCUGGGACGAAGGCCCACUGCCCAGCUAAUUACGGACAACCUGAUCAAGAAAUAUGGGACCCAUUUUCUACUGUCAGCUACACUAGGAGGAGAGGAGGCUCUGACUAUAUUUGUGGACAAGAGGAAGUUGAGUAAGAAAGCAGAGGCGAGCGACUACACCAGUAACAGCACGGCUGUGACUCUGGAGGCCCUGCACCAGCUGGCUGCCUCCUAUUUCAUAGACAGGGAGAGUACUCUACGAAAGCUACAUCACAUUCAAAUUGCUUCCACUGCCAUCAAGGUAACUGAAACAAGGACUGGCCCUCUCGGCUGCAGUAACUAUGACAACCUUGAUUCGGUCAGUUCUGUGCUGGUUCAGAGUCCCGAGAACAAAGUCCAUUUGCAAGGCUUGCAGGUCAUUUUGCCAGAUUAUCUCAGAGACACUUUCGUCCAAGCAGCUCUUAGUUACAUUGCCUGCAAUGGAGAGGGAACUUUUGUCUGUCGAGACAAUGACUGCUGGUGCAAAUGUGACCCUAAGUUCCCAGAAUGCAACUGCCCCUACAUGGAUAUUCAGGCCAUGGAGGAAAGCCUUUUGCGAAUCUCUGAAUCAUGGGCUCUUACCUACAAAGAGUUUGAAGAUUCAGAUGAGUUCAAAACAUUUCUGAUGAGGCUGCCACAGAAUUUCUUCCUCAACUCCUCAAUGAUCCAACAUUUGUGGUCGCUGGAUGGUGUAUUUCAGCGACGCUAUGAGCAGCUGGAAAGCAGCAUGAAAAGUCUCUUCAAGCGAGCUCAGCGAGUGGUUUACAAGCUCUUCAGCCUCAGCAAGAGGUGCCAAAAGCAGCCCCACAUCAACUUACCGCGUGAAAGGCCACAGUCGUACUGGCUGAAUUACUUCCAGUCUUUAUUAUACUGCUCAGAGAACAACCAGCUAGGAUCCUUCUCAGAAGAGCUGCAUACCUGCAUUUGUGCAUAUGACCAUAGUUACUGCCAGGUACCCACACCAUGCUUUGUGGGUGAUGGUGCAGCCUGUGUGGCUUGUGCCAGCGACAACCACACUCGCUGCGGAAGUUGCAACGUCGGCUUCAUGUUAAGUCAAGGGACCUGUCGACCAAUGGUGGCAGAUUCCAACGAGAACUACCUGGGCUUUGAGACUGAUCUUCAAGAUCUGGAGCUACGCUACCUCCUACAGAGAGCCGAUCGACGCUUAGAGGUCCAUGCUAUCUUCAUCAGCAAUGACAUGCGUUUGAAUAGCUGGUUUGAUCCUUCAUGGAGGAAGAGGAUGCUGCUUACGCUAAAGAGUAACAAAUAUAAAUCCAACCUGGUCCAUAUGCUCUUAGGCGUCUCCCUUCAAAUUUGCCUUACUAAAAACAGCACUCUGGAACCUGCACUCACGCUCUUCAUCAAUCCCUUCGGAGGGAGCCACUCAGAAAGCUGGUUAAUUCCUGUGAACGAGAACAAUUUCCCAGACUGGAAGUCUGCUAAGCUGGACCUUCCAUUAGAAUGCUUUAACUGGACCUUGACUUUGGGCAACAAGUGGAAGACCUUCUUUGAGACCAUCCACAUUUACCUGAGGAGCCGCAUCAAAACUCCAGGCACCGGGGCCAAUGACAGUGUUUACCUGGAGCCAUUGGAAAUGGCUGACCCUACUAGAAAUCUGGGUUAUAUGAAGAUUAACAGCAUUCAAGUGUUCGGUUACAGUAUGCAUUUCGACCCGGAAGCAAUCCGGGACUUGAUCCUGCAGCUGGACUAUCCGUACACGCAGGGCUCGCAGGACUCAGCCUUGCUCCAGCUGCUGGAGAUCCGAGACCGGGUCAACCGACUCUCUCCACCAGGCCAGCAACCUCUGGACCUGUUCUCCUGCUUAUUACGGCACCGUCUCAAACUGACAGCUAAUGAGGUAGUGCGCAUUCACGCCUCGCUCCAGUCCUUUAAUGCCCGUCUCCCCAAUUCUCUGGAUUAUGAGACCACUAAACUCUGUAGCUAACGGCUAAAGCAUCAUAGCAGACAGCAAUAGAACAACUGUAAAAAUGCAGAAUAGACUGUUAAAGUCAAAGCUGCAAUGACUUUCAGUGAUAGAGAAACUUUUGGACACUGGUGACAGUUUUGUUGUGACUUUGCUUUCACUAGUAGAUCAUCUUGCUCAAAAACAGACUUAUUUUUAUUGUAUAGUGCACUGAGUUUAAAGAAGAGAUUUAAAAAAUAUAUGGAGUGUUUGUAAUUUUUAUGUUUUUUUUUUUUUUUUUUUUUUUUUGCUUUUUUGCUUUUGCUUUUGCUUCAGUGACAGUGUGCUUUCCUCGGAAAGAAUAAAGUGAUGUCAGUCAAUUUUGUAGAUAAGUUGUUAUUAAACAUCAUGGUUGUAAAUGGAGUAAUGGUUGCAUUAUUUAUCAGCAUUUUUUUUUCUUUUUUUAUUGCUACAGUAUGUGACAGUUUAGUUUACUGGAAAAUGAAACACAUUUUAUAUUUGCAACUGAGUGAACUUAAUGAGGAAUUAAAUACAUUGAACAUGAUAUAUGAUUUUGACAAACAAUGAUGAACAACAUUUAUUGACAAUUGUAUUGUAUGCUUGUUAGGUUAAUGUUUAUUUGUUUUUAUUUACAUUUCAUUGGAAGAGUUUUUUUUUUUUUUGUACAUUAUCAAGUCUUGUACAUUAUCAGUACAUUGGAGUAUUACGAUUUACUCAUACUUCUAUGCUGAUAUUACUUACAUGUGUCCACUGUAUUAAUGUCCAUUCUGAACCCCACUGGCACAGUUACUCUAGGCUUUUAAGCCAUUUUUUAUCAAAAAGUUGAACAAAAGACAUGGUAUACCAUUUAAUGUACUCCAGCCCCUUUCAUGAGGUGCAUAUCAAUAAAUUAGAAUGUCGUGGAAAAGUUCAUUUAUUUCAGUAAUUUAACUCAAAUGAAUAAAUUCAAUGCACAC